AUGCCGGGAUCCCCCCUUUCCCCGCCCUCCCAGGAAUUUAUAGCCCCUGACAGGUUAUUUGAAGGACCGCACCGGUGGACCUGGGGGCGGGGCUCUGCCUUCCCUUGCACCAAUUGGAGCACGGAAGUUCCUCAGCGGGGAGGCGUUGAUUGGUCGGGGCCUACAGCGCGCAGCGAGCUUGGCGAUGGGGCGGAGCCUGCCACCCGCCGGAAGGGGGCGCGCGCCAGGCCCGGAGGCGACGCUUCCAUGGAGGGGGCGGAGGCGGGCACGCGGGACGGGGCCGCGCUGUCCCGGGACCUGCUAGCCCUGGGGUACGGGCCUUUCCCGGAGGCGGCGUCGCGGGGCGCCUCGUGCCCAGACUUCAGGGCGCUGUGCGCGCGACUGGCGGCGGAGCUGGCGACCCUGGGCGCCCUGGAGUGGCAGGAUGAGGGCGCCGAGGUGUUGAGCGUGGGCGACGGCCCCGGCGCGGAGGAGGAAUUUCUGCGGCAGCUGCCCGGCCUGCUUCGGGCGUUGCAUUGCCCGGAUCGCGUGCUCUGCGGCGGAGAAGGACGCGCGGCCGAGCUGCGGGAGCCGAGCGCGAGCACCCGCCUGCUGCGCUUUCUGUGCUCCGAGCUCCAGGCUGCCCGCCUCUUGCGCUUGCAUCCCCCUCUGGACUCCAUCCCUGCGCCGCCCCUUGGGAAAGAGACAGAGGAAGGAGCUGACAUGGUCCAGGAACUGGUCCUCACCCUCCAAGCCCUGAGACUGCCUAUACCCACGCUGGGGACCCCUGCCAGCCAACUGCUCCGUGAAUUACAUGCUAAGAUCUCUGAGCUGCUGCCUUCCUUGCCCCCAGAAUCCAUGCGGCCCCUCCUCAGCCACCCACUGGAUGCACCCCGAUGGGAAGCGCUGGAAUCUCUGUCCCAAAGCCUGAAAGAUCAGUACUGCUGCCGCCGCUGCCUUCUCCUCAAGCGCCUGGACCUCACAACGUCUGCUUUCCACUGGACCGAUCGGGCAGAGGCCCAAGGAAAGGCUAUGAAAGCAGUGCUGACCCCACUCCGAGAGGUCCUGACCCCAGAAUCUGACGUCUCCAUCGCACACGUUCUGGCUGCCCGAGCUGACCUUUCUCGACUGGUUCCCGCCACCAGUGUGGCAGCCCGCCGAGGGACCUGCUGUGCCAUCAACAAGGUACUUAUGGGUGAUGUGCCAGACCGAGGAGGCCGCCCGAAUGAGCUGGAGGCACCCAUGCCCACCUGGCAGAGCCGGAGAGAAGAUGGAGGAGGGCGGAGGGCAGGCCGCCAGCACUGGGGCCAAAAGAAGAAGAAGAAGAAGAAGUAAAGGAGAGUGGGGGCGUCUAUCAUGAGAUGCUAAUGGCACUGGUAAUCUUUGGGGAGUCAGUUUGAGGGUUUUCCUUGGCACCUGGCACCCAAUCCCCUCUCCCCUAUCUGAAGGCUCCAGAUGUUAUAUACCCAUCCACUACUCAACACCAGAACCAUGUUCUCUGGAAAAUAAAUUUAAUUUUCAAAGGAA